CUGUUUUACGACCUUGUACGCGCAGACGAGCUCCAGGAUGCAUACAACAUGGAAGUCGAGGGAUUUCCGCAAGAUGAAGCGGGGAGCCUAGCAACUUUCGCCUAUCGCCAAUCCGUCGCGCCUUCCCUCUUCCUCGGCGCCUUCCUUCCAUCUCCUACGCCCUCUGCCCUCUCGGGCUCCUCCCGUUCUCUCAUCGGUUACAUCGAUGGCACGCUCUCCUCCUCCCAGAUACUUACCCAUGCCUCCAUGUCAACCCAUGUUCCUGGCGCGCGCUCCCUCUGCAUCCACGGCGUCUGCGUUUCGCGUGCAUAUCAACGGCGCAGAGUCGCGAGCACACUUUUAAAAGAGUACCUCCGUCGUGCCUCUGCCGCAACCACGGGCGGAGUUGCCGCGUACGACCGUGUACUGCUCAUCGCCCAUGAAGACAUGCGCGGACUGUACGAGGGUGUAGGGUUCGAGUAUGUCGGGCGGAGCACCGUCGUUCAUGGGGACAAGCCCUGGUUUGAGAUGCGCUACAUCAUC